AUGUCCGAAAUAAAUAUGGAAAAGUUUGCCGUGCCUGACUUUGUUCCUGAGCGGUAUGUGAAGGAACUAGCGCGGUCCUGUGUCGGGGGGGAGGAGCUCCAUCAGCAAAAGGAGAAUAUUCAAAGUUUAGCCGAUGAAACAGCCAGUGCCCUCAAAAAAAAUGUCUACGAGAACUAUAUGCAGUUUAUCGAGACCGCCACCGAGAUAUCCCACCUAGAAGCUGAAAUGUACAAGUUGUCUCAUUUGCUAAGCGAACAACGAACGGUGCUCACAACUUUAUCUCAUGCGUCAAUUUUAGGUAAUGAAAAUACUGUAUCACGCGAGUCCCUUGAUAAUCAUGACGUCGAAGCCGAAAAAGCCGAAGAGCAGCGUAAAAAUAAGCUUAAUACAAUAACAGAAAAAGUAGAGGGUUGUAUGAACUUGUUAGAUGUUCCAGAAAGAACUUUAUUGCAUGAAGGUGAUUUGUUAGAGAUAGAUGCUGAAGAAAAUACUGCCUUACAGAGAAUGCAUGUGUACUUGUUUAAUGACUGCCUCAUGCUGACAUCUUGGAUAUCAAAUCGUCGUGGUCCAAUGAGAUACAAAUUUCAAUGUAGUUACCCAAUUAGUACUUUGGCAGUUGUAAAUGUUAGGGAUUUGGGAACUGUGAAACAAGCUUUUAAGGUGCUAGCAUUUCCUGAUACAAGGGUAUUUCAAUGUAAUAGUAUUGCAGUAAAGAAAGACUGGCUGGACAAGUUCGAUGUGGCAAAGAAGAUGUAUGUAGAAAAAGAAAAUUCUAAACAGAAAAAGAAAGAAAAUGAAGGUAAACCUAAACUUGAAUCUUUGGAGUCACCUAGUCUAUCAGUUGAGGAGCUACCAUCUCCUCAGAUAGCUCCUUUACCUGAAUGGUUGGUGGAUGUGACUGAAGAAUUGGAUGUUCUAAUUGUUGAAAGACAUUUCCAGAAAACCUAUGAACUGAUGGUGCAAGCACAAAAGUCACUAAAUACAGUUGAAUUCAAGGAACAUCCCCAAAGAUCUGAUAUUUUGAAAAAAAUUGAAAAGAAACAAAAGGCUCUUAUAGAGAUAUUAUUGAAAGAGCUGGAUGUCACUCACAACUGGAGCCCUCGCGGAGGCCUGCGUUCAGCGAGACAACCUGUCAUUAUACUCAAUAAAUUUAAUAUGACCAGUCAGGCUUGUGAACUGUUUCUAGCCAUAUGUAGUCACACUGUUAAAGUUCAUGUCAAAGGGGUCCAACUAGAAGGCUCUAUUAACAGUUAUGUUCGACAAGUUGGUGAAGUAUUCUUUUGCUCACUAAGUGAUGCCUUAACAGAGUUCACUACACUUUUCCCUAAGAAUAAAGUUAGCGCUUUUGUAGUUUGGGCUAGCAUGCAACUUAGAAUUCUGAUGAGUCAAAUAAUAAAGCAGAUAUUUACUCCCCAGUGUGCUUUAGAUUCAGUGCUAGAGUGUGUUGAUAGUUUAAGAGAACAAUGUGCACUGUUCUGUGAGUUUGGCUUAGAUUUAAGAUUUCAAAUGAAUAGCUGCUUAAGAUCACCUAUAACAAAAGCACUCAGAGAAUAUAAAGAGAAAAUUGUUGAUUCUAUGAAAAGUAAAGUAUCUGAUGAUAAAUGGACUCCUGUAAAUAUGCACACGAAAGCUGGUGUCAAUAAAUUCUUAUUACAGAUGGAAAAUUUGGGCCUUAUCUUAGCUAAGUAUGUUAUAAACGAAACUUGGGUAGAUUUAUCGAGCAGCACUAUAUGGUUUGCUCAGUCUGUCAUAACAAUACAGAAAGUUGGAUUAAGGCUUGUUACAAAAGACUUGAUGGAUGUCUUAGACGAAUGUAUUUAUGCUAUAUUCAAUUCACGCCUUAUGCUCUCUUCAGGUAAUGAUUCAAACUAUGCCCAAAAAAAUUUCAAAUUUAUUUUAGAUACAGUUAUGCCUCUAAUGUUGAGGAGGUACAGAGAGGAGGUUGGUUAUGAUAAUGAGAAACUUGUUGCUCUUGGAAAGAAGUUUGGUGUGAAUUUUGUACCACCAAAGAAAUCAAACAUCACAAAAUACACAAGUAAUGAAUAUUUAUGA